AUGGAGUCUACCGAUAUCCGGAGAAUCUUCGAGCUUGAGCGCGAUGCUCAAGCUGCCGCCACUCGCCUAGCGAACUUCCCCCCCAAGGGGCUUAAGAUGAAGAAAUCCUCGGGCAUUGAUUGCUUGGUGGUCAUCAUCCGGCACAUCUACUGCAACGGGAUGAUGAGCCCGAACCUGGACCAAGAGCUUGAAUGGUUCAAGGAUUCUGAGGCAAAGAACCCCAUACUGGGUCACGCCUGGCAUGUUUUCGGCAACGAAAAAGCCGAGAUUGAAAGGUCCACGAAAGACAGAGACAAUGUCAACGUAGACCUUGGGAGAAUGGGCUUUCGUGACCCCCCAAGCUUCAUGGAGAUUUGCGACUCAAACUUGAUGAACGAAACGUUUUGGUCGCAAGACAUCUUCCGACUCAGCCACCCUCCCGUUGAUCCUACAACGGGAGAUGACAUACCGUUGUCGGCGAACGAGAUUGCAGAGCUAAGCAAGCUCGUGUUCAUACCGGAGGCCCCUGGUUCAUGCAUUCAAGACGUCGUAAACCAGGCCUUUGGCCACAAGAAAUGGAAAGGACGUGAGAUGUUCGUCGUUCCACACAAACCUUGGGCCGUGCGUGUUCUCUACCGAGUAGACAAGAACCUGUGUGAUGUUGUGUCUAUAAAACAGCUCAAGACUUUGACCCUCCCAGUCUGGAACCAGAGGGAGGACGUAGAGUACGUAUGCUUUGAAGAGACCAGCCGGGUGGACUACUUUCUCAUGGGUAUUGUUCUCCUUAGGGAACAGCGCGGUCACCCAGAUCUCGUUCGAACCUAUUCGCCUUUUGGACAAAACGUUCCCGGCGCGUACGAAACACCAUCGUACGUGAAGGAUGGAUGGUCUGUGGCCGAGUCGGGCACCUACAUGUUGUUCUACGGCAUUCAGAACGAGGACAUCGGGAAUACAGAUGUCACCGACUUUGCCGAAGUUGCCGGCACGAUACAGGAUGGCGGACGACUGGAUAUGCUUACACAUACUUUGGAAAAGACCAAGAUGAUUGUAAAGGCGAGAGAAGAAAAAGUCUCUGCUGCGAGCAAUCCUCCACCUCCACCACCGUCUGAGCCGCAGCCUCCAAGGCCUUCUGAACCAGAAGGCCAGUCUUUGGAGCCAGACACCGAGAUUCCCACGGGGCCCAGAAACCCGGGCAGGAAUGAGACACGGCCUUUUGGUAAUAACGGGCAACGUCGACACCCUCAAAAGCAGAACCGAGGUGUCAAUCGGGGCAAAGGUACCGGCAAGAACCGUUUCAAUAGACGCCGAGACGAUGAUGCUCGUGAACAACGUCGGGCGUAA